UUUGAGGCGCUCCUCACUCUCCCACCUCUAGACGAUCCUCCUCUCAUUACUCUUGAGCUAAAAAUCAGCUUGCGUGUUGCGAUCAACGACAAAUUCGAUAAUUCCCCCGCUAAACAACACAAUUCCCCUGAUUAAAACCCACGAAAAACUAUAAACACCUCAUGUGUCAAAGCCCCUGAACCUCGCGAAUUCGUUCAUCUCCCGGGGAAAAAAUCAAUUCGUUUUUAAAAAUUGCGUCCGUAAUUUUCGAUCGCGAUCUGUACGGAAAGGCAGUACGAAAAAAUAAAUUGAUGAGCGUCUCGAGAGGUACAAUGGCAAGUGACGAUGAGAUGAAAGACGUUCCACUCACAUCAGUCGACUUUGAAGUAUUUGGUAAAGUCCAGGGUAAGUCUCUAGGGGGAUGUUAUUUUACAAAAUACACGAGAGAUCUGUGUCGAUCGUUGGGAAUCGGUGGAUGGGUGAAGAAUAGCAAAAAUGGGACGAUCAUGGGGAAGAUGCAGGGGCCGAAGCCAUAUGUUGAGCAAAUGGCGCAUUGGCUGACGACAGUGGGCAGCCCUGGAUGCGAAAUCCAUCACACGGAGUUCACGAAUUGGGAGACUAUUAGACGACCCUCUUACGGAGCCUUCCAAAUACGAUUUUAACGCGAAUUGUCAAGGGAUUUAACAAUAAGGAUUAAGAUAUCACGAUCUGAACGAACGAAUGCAAUGAUUACCUUAUUUUAGAUUCUAAUUCUCCUCUGUAAUUACUCCGUAAUUUUGUUAAUUGAAAGGUUAUUUAUGUAUACGACUCAAGAUUAUUUAGAUACCUCAUAACAGCUGCUAUAGGGAUAAUAUUUACGUGAAUAGUAUUGAAGUUGCGAUAAUAAUCUAGGUACUGAAAAAUCGGGAUUGUUUAAAAAACCAAUUCACUGAUGUGGAAUAAUCAAUGGUAAUGGAAAAAUAUGUCGAGAGAAAAUUUGUUAUCUAACGUUUGAAAAAUAACUACGAAAAAUAAAAAACUUAUUUUUGUUUUUUA